UAAUAUAAAAGUAAAUUAAAUAAAUUUAUCUUUAAAAAUAAAAAAGCUUGGCCGUCUAGAUUAAUAAAUGUGAUAAGAAAAUUGAUGUUCAAUACAUUAAACUACCAAGUUUUUAUUUUCUGUUUUUACUCAUAAAAAAUGAAUAAGCUACUUACUAUACUUGGUACGAAAAGAUUAUUUGAUUGUCGCUCUAUCACCACAAGAAUAGCUGCAGAUGGAAAAGAUGUUUCCAAAAAUAAACAAUACGAAAACAGAAUUACACUUAUUGGUUCAGAUAAUUCAGUCAGUAUAACGGAUCUUAAAAAUGCCCAGAAUUUGUCAACAAGACGUGAUUUAAAAUUAGUUAAAAUCCAGGAUGCUGAUUCGAAGACAAGACGACCAGUUUAUAAAUUAAUGACAAAUGCACAGUAUCAUGAUGAAGAACUUUCAAGAAGAAAAGAAAAAAAAGCAGCAUCCGAUAGUAACACUCUUAAAGGUCAAAAGUUGAUGACUAUAUCUUCGAAAAUAGCAGAUCAUGAUAUAUUGACAGGUUGUAAAAAAAUGGGAAAGCUACUUGAAAAACAAUAUGAAGUUAAAGUAGUUAUAUCCGGUGACGAAAGCGAGCACCCAAAAUUGGAGAGGAUAUAUACGAUAAUAGAAAAGAACUUAAAGACAGUAGGUAAAGUGGUGCAAUUAAGAACCAAGGGAAAUAAUAUGAGAUUUCAAAUAGUACCAAUUAAGGAUAAAACAGAUCAGUCCAAAGUUGAAGCUACUUCGGGUCAAAAUAAUAAUAAUGACAAUAACAAGGGGCCACUAUGACUAGCUGUAUUUUUUAUUGCUUUAAUAAUUUUAAAGUACACAAUUUUUAGUAAAUACUAUUUUUCUAAAGAACAUGUAAAUAGAAAUUCAAAAGAAGAGAUGCCAUGCGAUAGGCAUAUGCAGAGUGAGUGUUAAGAUAUUUGCUUAUAUUUAAUUUAAUUACUAUUAUUUAUAUAGCUAUAAAAUGUUUUUAAUUGUAUAGUUUAUGAUUAAGGUAAAUAAAAUUUAACUUUAUAAA